AUGGACCCCCAACGCCCGACAACCGGACUCCAACGCCCGCCGACCAGACACGAACGCGACAGCUUCUACUUCGGCCUCCCCAGCCGACCCAAGCUUGUGGCACGCUCUAGCUUAACACCAUUCCACUUUGAUGGUGACGGAUGGUCAUCGGAUCGUAAAACCCUGACUGUGGUUGGUGACCAUCCUAUUGUCAGCAAAUGGGACGAUGAGCCUUCCCCGCUGAGAAACAAAAUAUUGGGUAUUCUUGCCGAACAGGAUGUCGACUGGCAGGCGAUUGAUAUCCUCCGCAUAGGAUACGUCAACAAAGAAAAGCCUGUGAUUGUGUCCAUCUCAGUCUCGGCGCCCACAUCAUGGGAGACAGGCAACAAAGUUGCCCAGGACUGCAGAGAAGCUCUUGUUCAAUAUGGACUUGACGAUGUGCACUGCGAGGUCAAGGAGUCUAUGCUGGUCAACUCCAGCUUUGCGGUCCUACGUCAAGAUUAUCAUCCGCACUCUUUUAAUUUCCAUCCCUACAUGUACCGCCUCUCUGAUCAGUUGGGAACUGCUAUUGCGAGCCGGGACAAGCCUGACCGGGAAGGCACAAAGGGACUUUAUCUACGCCGAACUGGUUGCGAGCCUGGCGAGGUAUUCGCGUUAACCUGCCGGCAUGUCUGCUAUGGCGCUUCUGAGCAAGAUAGUCAGUUGCCGGGAAAGGAAACGCGGCCAGGCAAGUCCGUAAUCCAGCUGCCAGAGAUAACCACAAAGACGUUGGUGGAAGAUCUUGAUGAGUGGAGACAAGAGUUGACGAAAGACCUCGAGAAGGAGGAAUCCAAGGGGGAAUGCUACCAAGACAGGGAGAGGAGAUCGAGCAAGAUCACCGCAUACCAACAAGACAUACGCGAGACCGACCGCCUGCUACAGCAAUUCACCCUCCGCAACGCGUUAGACACUCGGGUGUUUGGCCACGUCGCGUACGCCAGCGAAUACAUAGUGCGAACCUCUGAAUGUCUUAGCGAUUGGUGCUUGAUACGGUUGAAGGCCGACGCUCAUGAAAGACGCCUCUCUGAGCUUUCCAAUCGCGUCUAUAUUGGCCCACCGCAGAGUACCUUGUCUCUUAUGGCCGCGGUUCGCAUCCGCAACGUCGAAGCUGACGGCACUCUCCAUAUACAGGGGUUCCUUCCUGCUUCCGAGCUUCAGAAUCCGAAGAAGAAGCUUAUCGUCGGGAUGAGGGGCCGAACAUCAGGCCUUACAUUCGGUCUUGUAAAUCAAGUCAAGUCAGUCACCCGCAGACCUAUCACAGACGGCCAAACGUUCAUCUCCAAGGAGUGUUGCAUCGUGGGAGACAGAGCCAAUCGUGAAUUCACCCAGCAUGGCGACUCGGGUGCCUGCGUUUUUGAUCUAAAUGGACGGGCUGUUGCGAUGGUGACAGGGGGCAUAUCGCGCCAGCAAGUUUCGAAGGGGGGCGACGAUUACGGCCUAGACCGUGCGAUGGAUGUGACGUACGCCACUCCCAUGGAAUGGCUUCUGGAGGAUAUGAAGGCUUGCGGUCUGUCAAUGGAGAUUCUUUGA